AUGGCCCAAGGCGGCGACUGGGGCAGCAUGGUCGCCCGACUCAUGGCGACCUCAUACCCACAGCACUGCGUAGCGGUGCACGUCCACAUGGUCGUAUCCGGCCUCCCCAGCAUCUGGACGAACCCACUCGCACUACUAUCCGUGAUGAUAUGGGCACCGUUACAAAGCGCCACAAGCCUCUUCGGACGCAUGCUCUGGUGGCAACGUGAAGAGAGCGGAUAUCUCGAGGUCCAAGGAACAAAGCCCUUAACCCUAUCAUACGGAUUAGUAGACUCCCCAAUCGGAAUGCUCGCGUGGAUCCUCGAUAAACUGCAUCAUCUAGUCGGCGACGACUUCUCAUGGGAGCACGAGGAAGUAAUAACAUGGGCGAUGAUGUAUUUAAUCCUAGGAAAUGCCGGACACGCGAGUAUCUACACGAAUGCAAAGGGGGAGAAAUUGAAGGAUUUCACGAAGCAGAUAAGUCGGCCGUUGCAGAGGGAGAUGGACUUUGGGGCGUCGGCGUUUUCGAAAAAUGUAUGUUACGUUCCUCGCUGGUGGGCAGGAGCUAGUAUCUCGAGGAACAUUUUAUUCUGGAAAGAGCAUUCCAAAGGCGGUCAUUUUGCGUCCUUGGAAAAGCCGGCAGAGCUGGUGCGGGGCAUUCAGGAGUUCACAGAGGCAAUUCAAACUGAGAGAAAGGGUCGGUUGGUAGCCAGUGGGAAGUUGAAGAGGUGA